AGUAGCUGUUCUUCUCUUUAUAUCUACACAUCGCACUAGAGUCUGCAUCUCUCACUUUACAGAGAAUCAAGAAGAUCUAUUUGGAAAAAUAUGCAACUUUUUCCCGUAUUAAAAUGGAUUCUUCUGUUUUCAAUUAUAAUGACGUUGUUGUGCUUUGCAAGGUUCCUGUAUACAGACUGUACCCAAAAGGCUUCCCAAUUGACUUUGAAAACAUCAUAUGAAUCAAGAAAAUCACAAUCUAUUCAGAACUUGGUCAGUUAUCCUGUCUCCAAUAAGAGUGCAUGCGCCUGCCAGCUGAGAAAAGGGUUUGGGGUACAACAGCUACAGACAUUUGUGCCUGAAGAUGAUUUAAGGUCCGCUGUGGAAAGACGUAAGAAGGAAUAUGAACAUUACAAGAAAAGGGAGCAGACGGAUAAUAUACCCUUAAUAAUAGCACCAUCCAACUCACCAUUAAGGUAUCCCAUUCAUGGCGUCCAAGUCAAGCCUCUUAGCACAAUCCUAUUACCAGGUUUACAAAUUGAUGUAUCUCUGCCAAAAUAUACGGUGGCACUUGAGGCAUCUCUUGGAACCUUUGACAUUCAAGUUAAUACAUCUGAAACUCGAUCAUCUGUGAUUCAGAUAAAUGGAAGAGGAGAAAAACGUCUGGAAAUGAUCACCAGUGAUAUCAGCGUCAUAAAUCGCAUUCUGGGGAAAACAACUUACACAAGUACUGUUUACAGCAUCGACAGUCUAGAUAUUGUUAAAUUUUCUAUGAACCAGUACUUGGCUAAUAUCCCCGUUUCAAUUCGACAACCUCCAAUAGCCCGCUUACAUGACCCAGGACGGGAUGGAAAUAUUAGCUCCUUGGUGACAAUCGCCACGAAGACCUUUCUGCGCUAUGAUAUGUUACGAAAGCUCAUAAAAAGUAUACGUCUGUAUUACCCCGACAUAAAGGUCAUCGUGGCUGAUGACAAUGACGAGCUUGAGAAAAUUGAAGAUCCAAAUGUAGAGCAGUACUUUAUGCCAUUUGCUAAGGGAUGGUUUGCGGGCAGGAAUCUUGCUGUAUCCCAAGUAACCACCAAAUAUUUCCUUUGGGUGGAUGAUGACUUUCUGUUUACAGAGGAAACUAAAAUAGAAAAACUAGUGGAUGUAUUGGAAGGAACCGACUUGGAUGUGGUAGGUGGUAAUGUGGCGGGUAACCAUUUCAGUAUAACACUCCUCUUGGAAGAAGGCGAUGAUAAAGGCGAUUGUCUACAUUGGGAAAAGGGUGCAUACCAUCAAAUUGAAGGCUUUCCUAAUUGUGUGCUAUGUUCGGGAGUAGUGAACUUCUUCUUGGCCCAUACAGAGAGAGUUCUCGGCGUUGGAUUUGACCCAAAGCUAAACCGAGUAGCACAUACAGAAUUCUUCAUCGAUGGUUUGGGACGCCUGAGAGUAGGCUCAUGUGACCACGUCAUUAUUGACCACCCAAAAAAAAUAAAACCGACAGAGGAAAAACAGUAUAAACUGUUCCGUAAAUACCAAUCAUUCCGAAAAAGUAAAAAUUUUGAGGAACAUAGAGCUAAACUUGAACUACUUCAUUUCAAGAGCCGACUGAGCUGUUUCAUAAAGAAGAAAACUCCAAAAUGAUGCCAGAAACCUACAGACAUGGAGUGUCCAGAGAGAAAACAGGGAAAGACCCCAACACCCAGAGAUCAACAAAGAGCAGCUAUAGGCCUGAUAUGCCUCCACGCCUUUAUCCAGACCCUUUGCGGCCAUCUGUCUUUCUUCAGACCCUAAAUUUUCCCUACCUCAUCAAGAAUCUCACACACCACCACCGGAACACUAAGGACUUUCUGCCGAAGGGAUACCUGACACCAUGCAUUCCAGGUGUAAUAUCGGACUACUAAACUGAAUAGAAAAAGAGUGUAUAAAAUCAAAUCCCUUGCGAUUCUGCAAUGCUUCAUACACCCACUGAGCAUAAGACAUGCUAGACAAGAAAAGAAGGCAAGAGUCCUCCCCACCUUAUUAUAGACUUCUACAUUGAAAGAGCACUGAAGCAAGAAGUGGUCCAUGGUUUCCUCCUCACCCUGACACUCUGUUCUUGGACAACCAUGUUUGUCCAAAGAACGGCACUUCACGUUUCCCCUCACAUAGAGCCUACCAUGGAAAGAGAGCCAGGCCUGGUCCCUAAAUUGUCCAUAAAUCUGCUCAGAAUUUAUCAAAGGUAAACCCUCCCUCAUAUUAUGACCUGUCCCUUAAGGCCAGUGGUGCAUGAAAGACAGUACCCAUGAUCUUCUCACUCAGGAGUCUCCUAGGAAGGAACCUGAUAUCCUCCGCUGUUACAUGCCACAAAGAAUUUUCAGACCCGGGGUAACAUAAGGCAGGAGCUUACCAUGCUUGACCCUUAGGCUUUUCACUGGCCCACCACUCUUCCAACAGCCCAGAAAAGGUCUAAACCAGAUCUGGAAAAUACCUACCCAUCCAGGCGGCCUUUCUGGUAGCAUGUUACCAAAAUUAUGUUUCAAAAACAUCAGAGAGAAGAACACAAAUGGGUUGACCAUCCCUAUGCCACCCUUCCACCUAGAUAGCUAAGUCACAUUCCGCUUCACGAGAUUCAGCCUUUUCCCCCCAUAAUAAUUGGAAGAAACAACUAUAAAUCCUGUUAUAACUCUGAGGCCCCAUACAGACGAGCGAACUGUCCGCUGAAAUCGUUCCGCCGGACCGUUUUCAUCGGACAUGUCC